GUUUUGAUGACGAUAAAUGACGAGGUCAGAGCGUGGACGAACAAGCUAAUCGACAUCCCUCAUAACCUUCGACCGAAAUCAAUUUGACUGUCUUCAUUUGCUAAGUAAUCAAAAUAUAUCACAACCGAUCUUAAUUAGUUAGAGAUAAAAAAAGAAGCAAAUCGGCAUAAUAUGACAUGUAUGAUUAUUAGUAGAGUGUUAUACUUGUUCGCUGGAAGGCUGAGAACAAAACUAUUUACAAGCUGUAUUGCAUUCAACUGACAAACAUAAACAGACGGAUGUAACAGCUAGAGUAUGAAAAACUUCAAUAUAUUCGUGCACUUGGCCAGUAUUUUUGUGGCUUUAUUGGUAUGUGAUGCCAUUGGCCAGCAGCCACAGGUUGACAUUCCAGAUUUCGGAACCAUUUAUGGGGAAACUAUCCCUUUCAAGUCAGACUAUCCCGCGGUCGACACCCAUGUCAACGCCUACCGCGGGAUUCCUUUCGCUAAGAAUGCCUCGCAUUAUCGCUUUAUGAAGCCUGAGCCUCUGGACUCAUUGGAAGAUGGCUGGCUGAAUGCUACAGCAUACAGCAGUAUAUGCUGGCAAUUACCUGAAGUGCUAGAAGGUGAAUCACAGAGCGAAGAUUGUCUGUAUCUCAAUAUAUGGACUCCGCAUCCUCAGCCCACAAACGCACCCGUAAUGGUGUGGUUCCAUGGUGGCGGAUUUGUGAUAGGGUCUUCAUCUAAAGCCAGCUAUGAAGGCCACGCCCUUUGCGGAUACCAUGGAGUGAUCCUGGUGAAUACCAACUACAGGCUCAAUGGAUUUGGAUUUCUCUCUACUGGUGAUGAUGUCUUGCCAGGGAUGUACGGAAUGUAUGACCAGCUCGAAGCUCUCAAAUGGGUCAAUAAGCAUAUCACAGCUUUUGGUGGCGAUCCGGAACAAGUGACAAUCUUUGGGCAGAGUGCCGGAGCCGGCAGCGUUGGUUUACACCUUCUUGCUCAGGAAAGCGAACAAUACUUCCAGAGAGCAAUUCUAGUUAGCGGUACUGCUACAAGUCCAUGGGCUGUCGAGACAGAUGCAAGUAAAGCCAGGGAUGAUGCUUUUGGUGUCGGUGAAGCAGCCAGCUGUCCUGAUCUAAGUACAAGCGAAGCUUUAGCUCAAUGCCUGAGAGAUCUACCAGAGAAGACACUCACAUUCGCCAUUGAUAGAAUUCUUCUUGAAACCACAAACGUCAUCCCCUUCGUUCCGACUGUAGACGGAACGUUUUUGGUCGAUAACCCCCUCAAUCUGGUUAAAGUGAAUCGUUUCAAGAAGUGCCCAAUCUUGCUUGGAGCGACAAAAGACGACGGUAGUCUCGUCGCAGGGAGGGCCUUCAUCAGACAGAUUAACACAGACGAAGGGUACGCGAAUAAAACCGAAUUCCGUGACGCACUUGAGCGCUUCACCUAUACGUAUGUCAAUGACGUCAUCAUCGAUGCGAUCAUGCAGGAAUACGUCGACUGGACUCUCGCAGACGAUCCUCAAGCGAAUUAUUUUUAUGACUAUAUUGCAGUCGAGACUGAUGAGGCGUUCACUUGUCCGUCCGUAGACUUUGCAAGAUAUUACGCAGAGGACGGUCAGGAUGUCUAUCUUUAUGACUUUACACAUUUGCCCAAUCAGACCGUGUGGACCAGCGAUCUGGCCUCACCAGAGUGGAGAGGCGUGGCUCACGCUGAAGAUUUACAGUUCAUAUUUGGAUAUCAUUUUAAUCCAUCUUUGACUCUAUGGGACAACAUGCCCUUAGAGGAGGUGGAUCUCACCGUUGAUAUCAUGAGAUAUUAUACCAACUUUGCAAAGACAGGAAAUCCUAAUUUAGAGACAUUUGGUGGGCAACCUGACACGUCAUCCAAAGCAUGGCCAAAGUUUAGUCUUCCUGAUCUAGACUACAAAAUCCUCAACCCAGCCGUAGAGAACAGCCAAGGUUUGAAAGCAAGAGAGUGCAACUUUUGGAACAAAUACCUACCAAGUCUUGUUAUCCAGUCUAUGGAUUUGUCUGAUCUUGAAGAGCAGUGGAGAGAAGAUUACAAUCGAUGGAAAACAGAAGAUAUGGUGGAAUGGCAAGCGGCUUUUGAUGAUUAUAAAUCAAACACUCAACCUUGCAACUAGGAGUUGAAGAAAUAUCCCAUUAAAACUUUAUUAUUGUACAACUAUCAUUUGUUUUAUUUGAUGUGGCAUAUGCUGCUAGCUGGAAACUACGGGACGGGUGUUACAGCGAGAGUGUAAAUGAUUAAAUCACCGGUUCGGUGAUGUAGUAUUAAAAUCAUUUAUUGAAAUAUGAUUAUUUCAUAACCAUAAUAAUCUAUUUGCCAGUCGUUUCAAUGUCAAAUUCUUAAAAUGCACGAACGUGCAAUUUAGGUUAUACAGUGCGUCCCAGAAAAAACGAAACCGAGAUUUAGCGAUGAUUUAUCAUAACUUAAUCACAAAUACAAUAGACAAAUGACCUACCAUUGUAAAGCUUAGAAUCUCCUCUUUCAUCUGAAAUUCAUCUGAAACAAUUUGAAGAGGGGAUACCAAAAAGUCAUUUGGCGGGCUGUAUCUGGGUUUCAAAAAGAAAACCACAUUUCUAAAAAGUUCAAUAUCUGCUCUUUAAUUUGAUACCUCAAUUACAGAAAAUGGUCAAGAAAUAAGAAAGUUCUGGUUAUUUGAAAUAAGGCUUGAAUUUCAAUAAUUUCAUAAAAUGAAUAGGUUUUACAGGCUAGCGGUCAAACUCACUCGACACUCUGUUUUGUUGACGAUCAGCCAUGCAUUUAGUCUUUUGUUGACCAUGCGAUAGCUUCUGUGGGAAACCGGUGAAAACACGUUUAUUUAAUGAAAUUAUGGAAAUACAAGCAUUGCUUCGAGGGAACGUAACUUUUUUACUUCUUGACCAUUUUUUGUGAUUAAGGUAUCAAAUUAAAGAGCAGAUAUUGAACUUUUUAAAAUUCAGAUACCCCCGCCAAAUGAAUUUUUGAUAUCCUUUCUUCAAAUUGUUUUUGCUCACUCAUGCGUGAAUGAGGAAUAAUCUAAGUAAUAUCAGAUGAAAGAGGAGAUUCUAAGCUUUACAUUGGUAGGUCAUUUGUCUAUUGUAUUUGUGAUUAAGUUAUGAUAAAUCAUCGCUAAAUCUCGGUUUCGUUUUUUCUGGGACGCACUGUACAGCGUGUGAAUACAACAUACAUCUGUAUCAGUGCAUAUUUUGUGUGGUUUCACUUUCACAUAAAUAAUUCACACUACUUCCGUUCCGUUCAGAUAAUACCUUGCCCUUUUUCAUUCUGUGAAUUUAUUUUAUUAUGAGUACAAGGAAUCGUUAUGGCAUCGACGUGUCAAGAAAGACAUGGAUGUCAUAUACAUGAUUGCAAGCAUGUUAAUUUUAGCGCAUGAUAUUGUUUAAAACAUACGUUUACUUGCUGGAAUAAGAAUCCCCAAAUUAUCGUUUGGUAUUAUCACACACGGAAAAGAUAAACCGAUAAUCUUUAAGAGUAAAUUGGUGUUUAUUAUAAAGAAAGCACCUCAACUAUGUAUCUUUAAAUAAAUUUCAAGCUUCAACCAACCUUUAAUUCAUAUGGGGCGACUCUGUAUCUGUUUUGACACACGUAGUGUAACAUGUUCCUCAGAAACUAAUUAUAUCUAUACGUCUGUCAGUCCAGUAGGUCCAAGGUAAGUCUCAGCCAAAUAUUAUAGUUAAACUCAGGAGGAUGAAUUCUAUCUCGUGUUUCUCUUUACUCCAUUAAAGGGAUGGUCCAGGCUGGAGUUAUUUAUAUCUCAAUAAAUAGAGUAAAAUUCACAAAGCAAAAUGCUGAAAAUUUGAUCAAAAUAUGAUAACAAAUAACGAAGUUAUUAAAUUUGAAAGAUUUGCAUUAUUCCGGUGAAACACUUCUAGGCAUGUCUUCAUGAAUAUUUAUUAGGUGGGAUGAUGAUGUCAUAUCCCCACUUGUUCUUUUGUAUUUUAUUAUAUGAAAUCAGGUUUAUUCCAAAAAAUUCUACCAAAAACUAAAACAAUUGGAUUGACAACUGAUUAAGUGCAUUUGUUAUUGCCGCAACUUAUUUCAUCGUAAUGGAGACACAUCAUGUACACAUGUAUGAAAUAAUGAAACAUUUAUGAUUUCAUUUAAUACAAGAAAAUGGAAAGUGGGGAUGUGACAACAUCAGCCCAUCUAAUGAAUAAUCAUGACGAUGUGCUUAUAACUGUUUUCACAAAAUAUUAAUAAACUUUAAAAUUCAAUAACUUCGUUAUUUGUUAUCCGAAUUUGAUGAAAUUUUCAGCAUUUUGCUCUGGGAAUUUUACUCUAUUUACUUAGAUAUAAAUAUUUUCAGCCCGGACCAUCCCUUUAAGUGCUCUUGCAGGGGAACUGAUGUUUAUUCCUUCCUAUCUCUAUACUCCAUUAAGUGCUCUCGCUGGGGAACUGAUGUUUUAUUCCCUCUUAUUUGACUUUUGAGUCAACAUGAUGAAAAAAUACAGUACAUGCUGAAAGCAGUAUGUUGACGAGUCAUGAAGUUUUGGUAUCAUGUCUAGAGUUAGGCGUAGAAUAAAUAUUGACCACUCAUUGAUAAAAUGAUAAAAGAAUGAGAUUACAUUGGUUUAGAUCUGUUAAGGUAUCAAUUAUCGUGAUACGUAUUCAUGAACUAUAGACUUGCCGUAUGCGUGGUUUACAUUAAACUUACGAUAUAAUGCCAGACACA